GAACUGAUGACUAUGAUUAUUUAUGGAAGUCAUUAGUCUCUUAAAAUGCUAUACAGGCUAAGACAGGAAGAGGUCAGAUGAAGCCCUGGUUUGCUGAAUUAUCCGUGUAAGGAAACUCAGCGAAGCUUUUUCAGUAAUGUUUGAGUAGUGUUUGUAUCGAGGUAAGCAGUGAGCAGUAACCAUAGCUACCACGACCAUGAAGCAGUUACCUCCCAGUCCUCAAACUUUAGCUCCUGAUGCUUUAAGGAGCACCUGUCGUCCCAACAUCCUUUGCGUGUCCAAUAUGGAAGAACUGGCGGUGGAGGUCCGUGGCUCCAACGGGGCUUAUUACAAGGGCGUUGUCAAAGAUAUCCACGAUGACUCUCUCACCAUUGCCUUUGAGAACAAUUGGCAGCCAGAACGCCAGGUGCCCUUCAGCGAUGUCAGGAUGCCACCACCCGCUGACAGCAAGAAGGACAUUGGAGAGGGUGAGGACGUGGAGAUCUUGUCGAGAGCCAAUGAUCAGGAGCCUUGUGGUUGGUGGCUGGCUAAAGUCCGCAUGAUGAAGGGAGAUUUCUAUGUGAUAGAGUAUGCAGCCUGCGACGCCACUUACAAUGAGAUAGUGACCUUUGAGCGUCUGCGUCCAGUCAACCCUAACAAGGCCAUCACGAAGAACUCCUUUCACAAGUGCACUGUCCCCGUUCCUCAGGAUCUACAAGAAGCGUGCCAGAAUGAGAAUGUCCAUAAGGACUUCAAGAAAGCCGUGGGAGCCUGUCGCAUUUCAUACUGCCCUGAGACCAGCCAACUAGUGAUCGUGUCCACCAAUGAGACGACAGUGAAGCGCGUGUCUUUGCUGAGUGACAUGCACCUGCGCAGCAUCAGGACCAAGCUGCUGCUAAUGUCACGCAACCAUGAGGCUACAAAACAUCUGGAGAGCUCCAGGCAGCUGGUUUCAUCCUUUCAGGAGGAGUUUGUGGUGAGACCAGAUCUGAUGGGCCUGGCCAUCGGCAGUCACGGCAGCAACAUCCAGCAAGCACGGAAAGUUGCCGGCGUCACUGCCAUUGAGCUGGAUGAAGAGACUGGCACUUUCAGGAUUUAUGGAGAGUCAGCAGAGGCAGUGAAGAAGGCCAGGAGCUACCUGGAGUUUGUGGAGGACUCUGUUCAGAUUCCCAGGAACCUUGUUGGCAAAGUGAUUGGUAAGAACGGCAAGGUCAUCCAGGAGAUUGUGGACAAGUCCGGUGUGGUGAGGGUCAGGAUAGAAGGAGACAAUGACACCAAGCAGCCACGACAGGAAACACAGGGAAUGGUCCCAUUCACCUUUGUCGGUACUAAGGAGAGCAUUGGCAAUGUCCAGGUCUUGCUGGAGUACCACAUCUCUUAUCUAAAUGACAUGGUGAAGCUUCUUGCAGAGGGCCAGCAGCUAGAGGAAGAGCUGAGGCAGAUUGUGGAUUAUACACAGGGAUGCAGCCUAGCAAGAUUCAGAAUGAGCAAGAAAAGGACUGGAUGUGGUGUAGAUGAGGUUGAGCAGCUUCGCCUGGAGAGGAUGCAGAUUGAUGAACAGUUACGUCAGAUCACCCAGGGUCACCGACCAGCUGACAGAGAGAGAGGAGAGAGAGGGGAAAGAGGAGGAGGGUAUAAUACAGAUGGCAGUGGCAAUGCCUCCUCUUCCUCUUUACAUGUCUCUCGCUCCUACAAUGGUCGAGGGCGUGGGCGCAGAGGCCACAGCUACAGCACUGGAUAUGGCACCAACUCAGAACAGUCCAACGCCUCUGAGACAGAUUCAGAGCGUCGGGAUGAGCUCAGUGACUGGUCCCUUGCUGGAGAGGACCAGGACAGGGAGAGGGAGAGAGGUACACGCCCACAGAGAGAUGGUCGCAGGAGACCCGGACCGGGCAGAGGCCGGGGAGGGACUGGAGGGCGUGGAAGAGGAGGAAGAGGAGGAUACAACAACCACAGCUCAGUAGGGCCUCGGAACCAUGAGGACAACCAUACCUAUGGAGCCUUGGAGACAAACACAGAGACAGACCAGACAGCCGAUACAGAUGCUAGUGAGUCCAAUCUGCCUGCCAACCGCCGCAGAAGAUCUCGACGACGCAGAACAGACGAGGACGCCACACUCAUGGAUGGCAUGAGCGAGUCGGAUAACGCCUCAGUGAGUGAGAAUGGAAUAGAUGACCCCGAGGCUAAACCUCAGCGUCGUAACCGUAGUCGACGUCGCCGCAUCCGCUUGCCUGAAGAGAGGCAGCCAGUGACUGUGGCUGACUACAUAUCCAGGGCUGAAUCUCAGAGCAGACAGACGACCAAGGACACCAAGAAAAACAUGGAUGUGAGUCAGGUGGAUGCCAUCGCUGAGCACAGCCCGCCGCCUGCUCCUGCAACUGCCAAUGGUUCCAACAACAGUGCUGCCGACAGUGAGGACAGCAAAGCCGCCAGGGCUCCCAGGUCUUCCUCUGAGAGGCCCGCCAAAGUCUCCUACAAGGGAGACUCUAAUCUGCAACCUGUUGUUAACGGACUCUCUUAGUCUGGCCCGAGCAAAGGAAAUGGUUUCAAAUACUUACAGUUCUUUGGCUGCACUCGACUGACUCUUGCUGUCUCUGGAGCAGCCUUAAAGGUGAAAAAUCAUUUAAAUACAAAAACAAGCACUGUUCUUUUUUUUUUUUUUUUUUUUUUUUAUACUUCACUAAUAUUUGAAACCAUUUCCGCUGCGCAAGUUUUAGAGGUCUGAACUUUAACCUCCCCUUUACACAUGUUCUGUCCAACUAUUCAUUUUACUACAGUUUUUUUUUUUUUUAACAAUAGUUCUUCCUGUAUGAGCUUGCCAAAGAUAGCCAAACACACACACUCACAGACACCUACUUAACUGUACUUUUCAGUCCACUCUUCAUCGAGAGCUUGGAAAGAGGUCGGACUGAAUGCAGUAUUUAUAAAAUGCAGACAGGGAUUCCACUCAAACCCAUACUGUGGUAUGAAUGCAGCAGUUCUGUUUUUUAUUGGUAAAAAGAAAUAGCAGGGUUUAGACCCAGAAGGAUGCUUCCACAAACUUUUUCCAGGGUGUUUUGUGCAUCUGAAGUAGUUUGUAAAGUAAACAGUCUGCAUAAGCAGUACCACAGUGCAGAUAGGAAACUCAAGUAUGUUUAACAUACAUGUGAUCAGCUGUUGUGCCUUGAGAGUAGAUUCAACAUGUUGUUGCCUGGCUCUGCACACCAUCUGAAAUCCUUUCACUUAUUUCUGUGUUAGUUGGUGACCAUCACCUGCCACACGAAUUGUCUCCUUGGUCUUCAUGUACCCUGAUAGCACCGUAGGCAGGUACAAAACACUGAAAGACCCUGAAAGGAUUUCAGAGGCAUAUCUUUUUGAAAAUCAGGUGUGUUUAUUCGUAAUGCUUGUGGGGAAAAUAAGUCCAGUUAUUUGUUGAGGGGUUUGACGUUAGCUGCUUUGUUUUUCAAUAUGCAACCACUUCAGUCAUAGAAGAAAUGUUAUUACAGCGUGUCUGGAAAUGAAACAAAAUAGAGGAGUUGUUUUUCUUUGCACUGAAACAAAAACUUUUUCUGUUUAAAUGAUUGAUUGUCGUUAAGUCUGGAAACUGGCCUGUUACUGUUUAUUGCUGGACAGAGAUGUAGCCAUCAGUGCUGGGUUUCCUGGAAAUAUCUCACCGCCAAACAUCGGGGAUUUGAAUCAGAUAUGACAGGAGGGAUACAGAGUACCGUUUCUUACCAAAAUACCAAUUAAAUCAGGAGACUUAAAGCAUGUUUGAUGUACCUGUGAGGUUAAUAUUCCCUUUUUUAAAGCCCACUAUUGCAAAAGUCCCAUUUGAGGAGUAAGACCCAGAGUUCUGCCCCAGUGUUGAGAUGUUUGCAGUUAACCAAGCCCACGUGACAACGAUGUCAUUUUCAUGGUUCUUCCACAGACUGGCUGGCUGGAAACUGGUCACGACUGUUCCACUGAGGAAGGAGAUUUAUUUGGUUUAUUUAUUUAAAAAAUGUACAGUAUUUAAAAAAAAAACAAAAACAAGACAAGCGCUUUUUUUUUUCUUAACACUAAAACAUGCAUUACCUAGGGUUUUAUUUUAAGACAAAUGACAGUUUGGACUGCUGCGAGUUGUGACAUCCCAAGAGUUUUUGUUGGGUCAACCACAGUAUGUUUUUUUUUUGUUGUUGUUGUUUUCUUUUUCUUUUUUUUUUAAGGAUCAUUCUGGUUGGUUGAUGUGCAAUAUGUUUUGUAUGCAGGUAGUUCUUAAAUAAACUUGAUCUUCCAUGUAGAUCUAAAA